UUAAAAAUUCGUCCGAUUCUUUUGACGAGUUCGUUGGCGCGCGCGGAACACGGGCCGAGAGAAUCGAACGCUACCUUUCCCUCUUUCCUAUAAAUUGUCUCUACUUCUGUCUCUCAAAAAGAAUAGAAAUUCAAGAACCUUCUAGAAGGAAAGGCAUGGCGUCUGUGACGGAGAUGAGCUUCUCCACGCAAAUCUCAGCAUUGAAAUGCGUAAACGAGAAAGGAAAGCGCUUCCAUCGUCUCUCGUCGUCUCCAUAUCUGAGUAGAUUUUCAUCUGGAAUCAAAUCAGGAUCUGUCGGCAACGGUCUCGCGGUGUCCAUGAGAUUGACGGAGAGAAAUGAAAGAGCUGAUCCGGCAAAAGCCAAUGGUCCUUUAGAUCUUGAAAAAUCGAACUCCUCUGGGUUUCUUUCGAAUGUUUACAAGUUGGGGGAGACAGGUGCAAGAAGAAAAACAAAGAUAGUUGGUACAAUUGGGCCUUCAACAAAUACACGUGAAAUGAUAUGGAAACUGGCAGAAGCAGGAAUGAAUGUAGCAAGACUGAACAUGUCCCAUGGAGACCAUGCGUCACAUCAGAAAACUAUUGACUUUGUUAAAGAAUAUAAUGCUCAAUCUAAAGACAACGUUAUUGCCAUAAUGCUGGAUACCAAGGGCCCUGAGGUUAGAAGUGGAGACUUGCCUCAGCCUAUCUUGCUUAAGGAGGGCCAAGAGUUCAAUUUCACUAUUAAAAGAGGAGUUAAUGCUGAAAACACUGUUAGUGUAAAUUAUGAUGAUUUCGUGAAUGAUGUAGAGGUUGGGGAUGUAGUAUUCGUUGAUGGAGGAAUGAUGUCAUUAGUUGCAAGAUCAAAAACAGCAGAUUUGGUUAAGUGUGAAGUGAUUGAUGGUGGAGAACUUACGUCAAGGCGUCACUUAAAUGUACGCGGAAAAAGUGCAACCUUGCCUUCCAUCACAGAAAGGGACUGGGAAGAUAUCAAGUUUGGGGUAGACAAUGAAGUUGAUUUCUAUGCUGUUUCUUUCAUUAAAGAUGCUAAAGUGGUCCAUGAGUUGAAAGACUAUCUCAAAAUCUGCGGUGCAAAUAUUCAUGUGAUUGUCAAAAUAGAAAGUGCUGAUGCGAUACCCAAUCUUCAUUUGAUUAUAUCUGCAUCUGAUGGGGCAAUGGUGGCUCGUGGAGACCUUGGAGCUGAGCUUCCUAUUGAGGAAGUUCCUUUAUUGCAGGAGGAUAUCAUCACAAGGUGUCGUGGCAUGGGAAAACCAGUGAUUGUAGCAACAAACAUGUUGGAAAGCAUGAUUGACCAUCCAACUCCAACAAGGGCAGAAGUCUCUGACAUAUCUAUUGCUGUGCGAGAAGGUGCCGAUGCUAUCAUGCUAUCUGGCGAAACUGCCCAUGGGAAGUAUCCACUGAAGGCUGUUAAGGUAAUGCAUACCGUGGCGCUGAAGACUGAGUCAAUGUCAUCACACAGCAUAGUUACUCCAGGUCCUGCUUCUGAUUUCAAGCUUUAUCAGAGCCACUUAAGUACCAUACUUGCUCUCCAUGCAACCACAAUGGCAAACACCCUUGGCACAGCCAUCAUUGUUUUUACAAGAACAGGAUCCAUGGCGACGCUGUUAAGCCACUAUCGCCCUUCCUCUAUCAUCUUCGCAUUCACAAAUGAAGAAAGGGUUAAACAGAGGUUGGCACUUUAUCAUGGGGUGCUGCCUGUAUACAUGGAGUUCUCCGACGAUGCAGAAGAGACCUUCUCUCGUGCUUUGAACCUUGCACUGAGUCAAGACCUGUUGAAGGAGGGAGAGCAUGUUACUCUUGUCCAAAGUGGCAGACAGCGGAUCUGGCGUCGCGAGUCCACACACCACAUUGAAGUCCGUAAGGAAAGAUGGGAUUAGGCAAGAUCCCCACACAAAUAUUAUUGAAACAAGGUAAAAGAAUACACCAAAAACACUAAUGAUUAGUGAACUCAGAUGCUUUAGACAGACGCCUUUCCACCUGAAAAUCAUACAUGUGAAUUACAUAUCAUCGAAAAUGUCGGAACGAUACCAAGGAAGCUCCAUCAAUGGACUUUUUGGGAAUGGCAAAAAAAUGAGGAAAGAAAAUGACUUCUUGGCAAAAACAUAUUAAAUGGAGUUUUUUCAUUUCCUGAGGUUUCUGCAUUGGUCUCC